UUAUAAGCGCUUUGCCUACGCUCGGAGCUUUUAGUGUCGACACACCUUCCAGCGGAGUUUGUUCUGUCAAUCGAUUGUUAUAACGAAAAAAGAAACUAUUGCGGGAAAUCUAAAAUGAAGAACGAUAAGUAUUUGCCGCCGGAGCCAGCUGCGCCACCCGCAUUCGGGUUUUCAUCGGCUCCGCCGGAAGGAGCACAGAACUAUCCGCCGCCAAGCUAUUCGCAGCAUGCAUAUCCACCACAAGGACCUUCAACUUCGGGAUUUUCAUCACAAGCAUAUCCACCACAGGGACCUCCAGCUCACGGAUAUCCACCACAGGCACCUCUAGCUCACGGAUAUCCACCACAAGGACAUCCAGAACACGGAUACCCACCACAGGGUCCUCUAGCACAUGGAUAUCCACCACGGGGACCUCCAGCAUAUGGAUAUCCUCCCCAAGGACACUCGCAAUCAGGAUAUCCACCACAACAAGACUUUCCUCAACAAGUCUACUCACCUCAAGGCUACCCACCACAAGGAUACACACCACAGGCAUAUCCACCACAGAGCUUUGCUCCUCCAGGACAGGUCUAUGCACAGCCAGCACAACAUUAUGUGCCACCUCCUCCUCCACCACCUCCUCCAACUAUAUUGCUGGUGCGUCCGUCUGGUUGGUAUCAAAGAACCAGGUUAAAUCGACCGCAGAUGAACGUAUUAAGUGCGGCCACAUUUAUAUUUGCCACGGGUGGCAUGAACAUUGCCUGGAGCAUUGGAUUCCGACACAGGAUCUACGAUAGAGCAAGCGACCAUGUUCGUGUGGCGUGGUUCAUCGGUGCCAUCAUUGGAGCUGCCGUUGCAGCAUUCUUGCCCAAAGUGAUACCUCGACGAUUGAUUACGAUCUUCUGCUCGACGCUGGUGCUCAUCGGAGGCAUCGUUACUUGGAGCAGUUUCUACAGUGUCGACGCUGUCCUGGCCAACCUCUACUUGAACGGAAUUGCCAAUGGCUUAGCAUUUGCUCCCACAGUAGCCUUGGCAGGGGAGCUGGCAGUGUUCUACAUGCGUGGCAAGAUCACCGCAAGCACCGAGCAGCUGAGCUUCAACCUUGGCAUCUUUCUACAAAUCAUUGUUGACUCGACCUACAUUCCAGACGACUACGACUUCGCUCCCGAGUAUGUCAAUGGCAUUAUAACUACGGUGUUCGGAUUCGUGGGACUAGUUAUGGCUGCCAUAAUGUUCGUUGAAUCGCCAGUCACUUUGGUGGCCACUGGACGCGAACAGGCGGCCACCGAUGCACUGCGUCGCCUGCAGCGACCGUUUUUGACAGCACAAGAGGAGACUUUGGCUCAGCUGGAGGAGCACAAGCGUUAUGUGACCGAGAAUACGAAUAUGUCCUCAGAGGAGAGUUUUAGUCAGGCGAUUCCUGCCUUUCUUAAGCUCACUGCAAUACGCUGCAUCAGUGCCAUCAGCAUUUCAAGUUUCUUCGUCGAAAUUCUAUUUUUGGCCAACAGACACUCCUACUAUUGGAAUGACCAACAUGCCCUUAUCUUUGGAGCGGCUCGACUGCUGGGCAGCUGCAUUGCCGCCUUAAUUGUGGACUCGUUGGGACGCAAGGGGCCAACAGUUGUGGGUCUUGCUGGGACUGCAAUCUUUGCCUGUGUGGCUGCCAGUCAAUCCUAUUAUAGCUACAGAGAUGCCAUCUUUUGGCUGUAUUUCUUCCAACUGUUCGCUGGCUUGGCAUUCACCAUGACAUCCGCAUACCUAUCGGAGGCCUAUCCCCUCAAAGUGAAACAGCAUUUCCUGAGCUUUACCUUCAUCCUCGAAAUGGUGAUCUUCAUCAUUAUGGGAUUGAAUUAUUUAAUUGAUGAAUUCCAAUACAUAGUCGGUGGCAUCUGCGCGGGUGCAUUUUUUAUUAGCAUAUUGUGUCUGCCCGAGACUCGAAGGACGACGCUACGUAUUGCUCAGCAGAGAUUCAGAUCCUUUAUUUCAACGUGCAAUAAUUCUUAAUACGAAAUAACCGAAUUUGUUAUACGACUAUCGAUAAAUGCAAAAAUGUAAUAAAACUAUCUUGUAAUAAACUAAACUUAAUAAAGCUAACUACUUACAAAAAAA